GCUCGCAACGGUUUGAAAAGUGUAUUCUUAUACCUACGUAGGUCUGCCUAGGGGGGCUCCUGUUCUUUCUUCUUCGGUGCAGUUUCUCUCGUUCACAUUGCCCCCAUUUCACACACUCGUUUACCUGGCAAUCCCUUCGCCAUGAAGCUUACUUCCUACUCCAUCUUGCUCGCUCUUGCAGGCACUUUUAUCUCCGCCGCGCCUAUCCCUGAUAUACUCCCCGCCCGCACCACCGCCGUCACGCCAACGUCGGCCUCGACCCCUACGCCGCAACCCACGCUAGUCAACUGCGUCGCCGAACCCAUCUCAGCCGCAGGGCUCACACCCGGCACCGCCGAGCCCGGGGACGAAAGCGAAGCCGCUGGCUCCGGAGCAUCGGAAGGGACAACCCAAGCGAAUCAAGCGACCGACGAAGUCACCAGCCCUGGCGCAGCGCAAGACGAAAGCAACUCCUCCGCCUGCAGCGACCAUGGAAAGACAGCGUCAUCAGCUGCGUCCGGCACAGGCUCAGCCGGCGACACCGGCGCCAACCCCUCGGACUCGAGCUCAAGUGCGGCAGCAGGAAUCACCAACCCCAACGCCACGGACGCCGAGUCCGUGGCGAACUCGGACGCCCAGUCCAAGACUAUGGAUACGCCUCUUGGGCCUGUGUCCGAGUCGGAGUCUCUAGCGGAGGCGUCGGCCACGGAUGCGAACGGCGAUCAGGCAGACAGCCUUACUAUGGGUCAAGAAACGGAUACGCCGCUUACUGGCCCCAUGGAAACGAACAUGACCGUCACAAUGGCCGUAGGCCAGGCGACAGCAAGUGGCGCUAGCAGCGAGAAUGGUAGCCCGCCGGCCGAGUCGUCCGGGCAAACGGCUGCAACCGCUGCCAAUGCGCAGCCUGCACCGGCCAACGCGGGCGACAACGCGGAUACCUCGCAGACCGAAUCCCAGACGCUCGACAAUCCGAACGGUGACGCGGGAGCGGUCGCUGCGAGCGGUGGCUCGCCUAGUGGAGCACAUGCGCACAGCGUGUCGGAGGCUACUGGGAACGGAGCGAAUCGCAACGCGGCGGCAGGGGCAGGUGCAGCUAAUCCCGAUGGCGCGGGAGCAUCCACGGGCGCGAAUUGAUGCGCGCAUUUCCUCAGGGUGGGUGCGAGUUUGAAGAUGGAGCAGUUUGAAUAGCGAUGUUGGGCGACUUUUUUACGUAGUUUG